AUGUACUUCGCAUUUGCUGCGACAGUGGCGAUACCGUUCAGAGGACAACCAUGUAGGGGCAUAGCAAAGCAGUCGGGCCUUCACCUUUCUAAAGUCCAAUUACCAGCACGUUCGACGCUCCCACGGCGUUAUCAAUCAGCAAGUUCUCCACGACGCGCUUCUGAAUGCAAGGCUACGCUCAGUUUUCAUCUCAAGAUUGCGGCGGGUGUCACACUCGUUUAUCAAACAGUAUUCUACAUUUGCUCUGUCUACUUCAAAACGGAACGGCUCGUCGAUUUGGCAGGCACGAGCAACAUUGCAGUGCUCGCAUUGCUCUCGCUACGCGUCAGUAGGUCGCUUUCUGCAAGACACCUUCUUGUUUCGCUUGGUAUCACCGUAUGGGCGCUGCGUCUGGGUACAUUUUUGGUCGGGAGGAUAGCCAAGUGGAGGCAUGAUCGUCGUUUCCAUCAAAUGGCACUGGAACCGGUGCGCAUGGUGCAGCUCUGGUCUUUCCAAGGAAUCUGGGUGUGGAUGACGGCGCUCCCAGCCUUGGCGCUCAGCACCGCACGUACAACACCGUUGGCGUGGUCUGACCCGCUAGCCGUCGCUUUAUUCUUGCUUGGCCUGACGCUCGAGGCCGUUGCUGACGCACAGAAAGAAGGGGCGCGCAAUGAGAAAGGAUGGCCGGAACGUGGCCUUUGGCGUCUCUCUCGUCAUCCAAACUACUUUGGCGAAAUCAUGAUCUGGACAGCACUCUAUGUAGGAGCAGCCCCUGCUCUACUGGGUGCUGGCCACAUUGCGAUCCUUUCGCCCGUUGUAGUCACGUGCCUGAUCAUGUUCUUGAGCGGGGUUCCUAUCCUGGAGAAUAGUGCCAACAGCAAAUUUGAGACUGACCCCGAGUACCGAGACUACAAGGCGAGGACGAGUGUACUGAUCCCGUUUCCUCCUAGAUUGUAUGAGAGACUCCCAUUAAGUCUCAAGAGGACUCUUUUUCUUGACUUCCCGAUGUACAAUUCCACACUGAAAAAAGAGGGGUAG